CCUGGCUGGCCUGACCCUCGGCGUUCAGACUCUACGCGCGCCGCAGCCCCUCAGCCCGGUCCCGGUGUCGGAUGCGAGAGCCCGUGGCUAAGGAAGAAAUCCAUCCUCACUGAAGACAUUCAAGCAAAAGGCGGGGCAGUUGAUUUUCCAGAGCAGAAAGGAAACUCAUGCAUCAGAAAAGGUGAUUAAUAAACAUACUGAAAGAAUAUGGCUGCACAGAUACCAGAAUCUGACCAGAUAAAACAGUUUAAGGAGUUCCUGGGAACCUACAAUAGACUUACAGAAAACUGCUUUUUGGACUGUGUUAAAGACUUCACAACGAGAGAGGUGAAACCUGAAGAGGUUACCUGUUCAGAACAUUGCUUACAGAAAUAUUUAAAAAUGACACAGAGAAUAUCCAUGAGAUUUCAGGAAUAUCAUAUUCAGCAGAAUGAAGCCCUGGCAGCCAAAGCAGGACUCCUGGGCCAGCCCCGGUAGAGAAGUCCCCCAGGCACAGACUUGCACUGAGAGAUUGCCAACAGCUGUUGCACUGGAAAUGAGGGUUAACCUGGGAGGACCCCUGAAGCCCAGCAGGAGUGGUGGUAAGCCAUCUGUCAUGACUGCCUGACCAGUGGGAACCACUGGAGAAACAAAAACCACUCUUCACCAGAAAGAACCAGAACAGGCCUUACUGUUGAGUGAAAGUGAUAAGAUACAACGUUGUUGAGGCCUUAAGAUUCAGCUGCGUGAUCACCUUGAUUUCAAAAAUAAACCACUGUUCCUUUCUUUGUGACUGUUAAUUUUAAAAGCAGAACAUGUGUCCAAUCAUGUAUGAGAUAGAAAAACUUUAUUACUAAAAGUAAAAUAAAUGAAAAUAUCACUGA